AAAUAUAGUAAAUGAAUUUUCUGAUUCUAAGAUAGAUUUUCUUUUUCAGUUACAGAGGUGCAGCUCAUAAUUCAUGCAACUUGAAUUAUAAGGAUUCAAGAUUCAUUCCUGUGGUUUUUCAUAACCUGAAUUACGAUACUCACUUUAUUUUAAAAGAGAUUGCUACUUCUACGUUGAUGAAAGGACGAGUCACUCUAAUACCUCAUAAUAAGGAAAAAUAUAUUUCAUUUACGAAGUAUAUAGAUGACUGUGACAUCAGUUUUAGAUUCAUAGAUUCAUGGCGAUUUUUACCGUCAUAAUUGGAGAAACUUGCAUCGUAUCUGGAAAAUGUGCCGAUAGCAGCAAAGGAAUUUCGAUCAGAUGGACUUACAGAUGAAAAGAUAGAUCUCCUUCGACGAAAAGGUGUAUUUCCAUAUGAUUUUGUAGAUGGAUUAGAUAAGUUGACGACUACAAAAUUGCCAGAAAAGAAUGAUUUUUAUAAUAAAUUAACCGAUUCUCAUAUUGCUGAAGAAGACUAUAAGCAUGCUGUUCAAGUUUGGAAUAAGUUUAAUAUUAGAACGUUGGGAGAGUAUUCAGAUCUUUAUCUGAAAACUGAUGUUUUACUAUUAGCUGACGUUUUCGAAAGAGAGACAUCUCUGAAAGCGUAUAAUUUAUGUCCAGCACAUUUUUACACAACCCCAGGUCUCACAUUUUCAGCAGCUCUAAAAAUGACAAAGGUGGAAUUGGAGCUCCUCGCAGAUAUAGAUAUGCUAAUGUUUAUUGAAGCAGGCAUUCGAGGAGGAAUAAGUCAAUGCUGCAAUCGGUAUGCUAAGGCGAACAAUCCAUACAUGGGACCAUCAUACGAUAAGAAUCAGAAAACGAAGACACUUAUAUUUUGACGUUAAUAAUCUCUAUGGAUGGGCCAUGGUGCAGUAUUUACCGGUUGGAAAAUUCAAAUGGAUUGAAUAUGAAACGAACUCAAACUUUUUCAAUGCGCCACCAGACUCUGAUAUAGGAUACUUCGCUGAAGUAGAUUUAGAGUAUCCUGAAGAAAUGCAUGAUGAUCAUCGAGAUUUGCCUUUUUGUGCAGAGCACCGUACACCUCCUGGCUCAAAGCAGAAGAAACUGCUGACUACUUUGAAUGAUAAAAAAAGGUAUGUUAUUCAUUUUCGAGCGCUGAAACAGGUAUUGGAUAAUGGACUUAAAAAUCGACUAAAAAAAGUGCAUAGGAUUUUGAGUUUUGAGCAGAAGCCUUGGCUCAAACCAUAUGUCGAAUUUAAUACAGAGAAGAGAAAGUAGGCCAAGAAUGAAAGAAUGAGUUUGAAAAGCUUUUUUACAAGUUAUUAAUCAACGCAGUCUAUGGUAAGUGCAUCGAGCGAGAGCGAUCUCGCGUUGAUGUGCGAUUAGUGAAUAAAUUUGCAGGUCGAUAUGGAGCAGAAGCACGUAUAGCUCAACCAAAUGUUCAUAGUUGCGAUAUCUUUGAUGAAAAUUUGGUUGCUAUACAGCUAAAGAGAACUAGUAUUACAAUAAAAAAACCAAUAUACGUUGGUCUCAGUAUUCUCGAUUUAUCUAAAACAUUGUUGUACGAUUUUCAUUAUUCAUACAUGAAGAAGCGAGUUGGAGAAAAAUGUAAACUCCUUUACACUGACACAGAUAGUCUACUAUAUGAAGUUGUUAAUGUGGAUAUGUAUCAGAUAAUGAAAGAAGACUUGCACAAAUUUGAUACUUCUGAUUAUGACGAGAACAAUCAAUUUGGAAUUCCACGUGUUAAUAAAAAAGUACCUGGAUUAAUGAAAGAUGAAUGCUGUGGCAAGAUUAUGAUGGAAUUUAUUGGUUUACGGAGCAAAAUGUAUAGUAUUUUGAUUGAUGGAUCCGAGACAGUGAAAAAAGCCAAAGGUAUAAAAUCAAGUGUUGUGAAGAAAACAAUCACGUUCGAAGAUUAUCGAAAAUGUCUUGAAGAACAAAUUAUUGUUAAACGUGAGCAGAGCAAUAUUCGCUCCAAAUUACACAUUGUGCACACUGAAAAACAGAAUAAAAUUGCACUUAGUCCACAUGAUGAUAAGAGAUUCUUAUUGCCCCAUAGUACGGAUACUUUGCCCUGGGGACAUUACAGAAUUGUGGAAGAACAGAUGGCGCAAGCUGCAAUGCAAGUGGAGGGGAUGGCAGAUGAGAGGGGAUAUGCUGCAGCCAAUGAUAAACCUGCAGAACAAAAAAGAGAGGGAGAAAGUGAGAGGGGGAAUUAAACAACCAAUGAGAAUGCAUCGCGGGUGGGGAUGACACUGUACGGCAAUGAAGGUGAACAAAUCGUGAUUGAAUAUGAUGUUUUGGAGGAGUUUAUGCUCGACUGGGCUCCAUUAUUGGACCAGAUUGGAUCUGAACAAGAGAAGAUAAGGGAUAUAUUACAAGAGGCAAUGGAAGGGGCAGAAAUUGUGGUGGGAAAUGGGCUAUAUGAACAGACGAACGUUGACGAGGAGCACAUUCGAGCAAUCGAAUAGUUCGAGGACAGCCAAACUUGUACAAAGAAAUCAAGACUCAUCUAACUUAUAAAAAUGGAUCUAUCUGCACUUAACAAGCUUGCUGAGCGUGAGUUCUUGCCCAGGAAGAAAGUCAUGGACUUAGAAAAAGAUCAUCAGUACAUGGUGACUGCACUUAAAGAGGUGAAGACAAGAUUCUCUACGAAGGUUGUAGCUGAACUCGAUGAGAGCUUCCAAAUAUUCCUACCAGAGAAGAUUUCAUCAGCCAUCCUAAAAGAUCAAGAGUUUUUCAACCAACUCUCCAACACUGCAAAUAAACUCUGUUUAUUUGUAAUAUAUCAAGGUGGAACUUCUUUUAAGUUUGAAUCUAUUUCUGCUUAAAGCAAAAGAUAAUA